CCUUCGAUCUCUUUCUCUGAUCCAAGCUUUAGGGUUCUCUUCUCUCUUUUCUUAUCUACAUGGAGAACGCCAAAGAAUCUAACCAUGGCAACAAACCCAACGAAGAAAACCCUAGCCCUAACUCCGAGUUCGAACUGGAACCCGAAUCCAUCCCCUCAUCUCGACAGCCUUCCCGCACGCCCUUCACUAGCCUCAGCCAAGUUGAUGCCGAUCUGGCCCUCGCCCGUACACUUCAAGAACAGGAAAGGGCGUAUAUGAUGCUUAGAAUGAAUGGCAGUGAUGGAAGCGAUUAUGGAAGUUCUGAUAGUGUUAGUUAUGUUUAUGAAGAUGAAACUGGUGAUAAUCCAAAUGAUGAUGGGAAUGAUGCUGGGAGAAUUGAUGAUGGUGAAGAUGCAUUCGAUGUGCAUGGACGGGCCCCGAGUGAGGAUGAAUUGGGUGUGGAGAUCAACCCGUCAGCGUUUGAUAGUGAUGAGGCAUAUGCGAGGGCCCUUCAGGAAGCAGAGGAGCGAGAAGUUGUUGUUCGCUUGAUGGCCCUUGCUGGCAUCAAUGAUUGUGAAUUAACUCGAACUAUGGUAUUUUAAAUUAGACAAAAUCUGGUUGGAUUGCAUGGCAUGAAUUUCCAUGACUGCUGCACUACACUCGCAUUGGACACCAUUAGCACCUGAACCGUUUGUGGGAUGGGUUCUACUGUGGUCGGGCCUCUGUAGAUGAUAUCACCAAUUGGGUUGUCUUAUCUAUCCUAUCUGAUGACUUCUAAAUGGAUUACAGCAUGGGAAAAGCUCGCCAAUUGGAUCUGUAGGAUAAUCUAAUCUGUGCAAUUUGUGGAGACUGGUCUAUUUAUUUGG